AUGGUUCCUCCAAAUGGAAAUGCUUGGAUCUGGAGGUACAAGGCAAUUGUCAAGCCGUUGGAGCUUCAAAGGGCAGAUGCCGUCCUGAGGACCUGCUUGAAGGCCACUUGCGUCUGGGUCGUCUCCAUGCUGCUGGCUGUUCCAGAGGCCGUGUCCUCCGAUCUGUAUGCUUUCCACCUUCCGGAGAGAAACAGCUCCUUUGAGACCUGCGCCCCUUACCCGGUCUCUGAAAGGAUCCUGCAGGAAGCUCAUUCCCUGGUCUGCUUCCUGAUAUUCUACAUCAUCCCGCUGGCCAUCAUAUCCAUUUACUAUUUCCUCAUUGCCAGAACGCUGUACCAGAGUACAUCCAACAUGCCGGCAGAAGACCAAGGCCAUGCUCGGAAGCAGAUCGAAUCCCGCAAGAGGGUUGCCAAAACAGUCCUGGUCUUGGUCGGCUUGUUUGCUCUCUGCUGGCUCCCAAACCACAUCCUCUACCUGUACCGCUCCUUCACGUACCACGCCUCCAUCGACACCUCUGCUUUCCACUUGGUGGCCACCAUCUUCUCCCGGGCCUUGGCCUUCAGCAACUCCUGCGUCAACCCUUUUGCGCUCUAUUGGCUCAGCAAGGGCUUCCGCCAGCAUUUCAAGAAGGAGGUGAUGUGCUGUAAGCGCAAGGCCCCCGCCACACGCCGCCCGAGCAUCACCCAGAACUAUACGCCAACCAGGACGAUGUCGGUGACUGGCUCUGAAAUCAGCGUCACUUUCCUCACGGAUUACAGCAUCACAAAAGAAGAGGAGAGUGUUUAACUCCGUUGGAUUUGAGAAGCAGUGACGAGUUCCGCCGCGCAAGGAUGCUGAGAUCCAGACCAAAACUGGAGCGACACCCGAGUCAGAUCUCUGCAUCUGUACACUGCCAUGUAAUGCCGGUUAACUGCUUUGAUAUGUAUUACAUGGCAGGGUGUAAUCCACUUCAAUGCAGUGAAACUAGGCAUGGGCAAACUUUGUAACUUGGGGGCUGC